AUGUCGACUGCGAUGCCCCAAAUUCCUCCUCGUCCUACUAGGACUCAGGACCAGACCACUGGGAGCGGGCUCUCUUUGGGCAGCGAGCUGCCAAAGAUUCCUCCUCGACCGAUUCGGCGUCUUGACCGCUCCAUCUCGCCCCAACGAGAGAGCUUUGCGCGUUCCCCCCUCAACGAAACCCCCUUCCUCGCAAACCUCGGCAAUCAAGCAAAAUCGACGGUGUACAGCAGCUCAAGUGCCAAUGCCUCUAGCUCUGAUCUGCAACGCAGUCCCUCGAGUGUUGCUCUGCCAUCAAUUGGCCAGGAGGGGAAUGAAUACGCUGAGGUCUUUGCAGCCCCAGAGGAUCUUGGAACCUCACCUACACAAACUCGGAAUGUUGCAAACGAUCUGAAGCUUCAUGCUCCGAAGCCCUCUCUGCCAGUUUCCAGCGCCAAGCAGAGAGUUUCGACGGUGACUCGCACCGAUUCCGGCCAAGCUGCAGCUUUCGGCAUCGGCAAAGCUUCCAGCGACGAUAAGGAUCCUUCUGCGAGGCCAUUGAAGGCCAAGGCCAGUUUUGCCAGCCAGACUUCUAAUGGCACAGAACGCCCCCCAUCCAGCGCUGAGAGUGAGCAUGGGAUCCCGCAGAUUGGCCAAGUCGUGCCUAUGUACCCAAAUGCGGGCGAUGUUCAAGCUCCAUCCCCUUCACCAUUUUCUCAGCCAUACGCUCCAGGUAUUGGAUUCCACAAUGAUGGCACGAAACCCAGACACCAUGGCCGUAGGACCAGUGGCCGUGGAUAUGACAUGCCACCUGAUGCAUAUGGCCGGUUUGGACACGGGCAGCUCCCUCACGAUCGCUUCGAGAAGGCAUACUACGAAAAGCACCCAGAACUGUUCAGGAAAGAGCUUGGCCAAUAUGGAGAGGGUAGACCAGAAUGGGCUUUGAGUAGCGAAGAUUUGAACAAGAUUGUACGAGAUACUGCUAGUCGAGGUGUUGUACCUGGUGCUUCACCUGCUAUCAUGGGAACACCAACUGAGCAAAUUGGAUUCCAAGCGUCCGAAGAGUAUGCCUCCCGCAUGUCCUCUCCGCGUCCCCAGUCAGGACUUCAUCUGACACAGUCCAAUACGUCCGAUACCCACGUUGAUUCUCCGUUGGGAAAGGAGUCCUUCCCCACAGAUGCCUCAGGGAAGAACGAAUUCGAGAAAACCUUGUCCAAAGAUUUUCGUGCACCAUCAGGGGCUGCUCUUGAGAGCGAGACCGACGAUGACGACGUAAUCCACGUAGAUCCUCCAAGCCACCGUGUAAGCAAGAUUUAUGGGGGUGCUGGUCACAUGGAAUCUUCAGAGGACCUGGGACCUGGGGGUGAAGAUAAUGGCAUUCACGAUGAACAGGGUUAUGGGGCACCUAUUUUAGCAUCGGAUGAGGUUGCUAAAGAGCCAUUCGGGUGGGAGCUGCAGCCAGCUGUGUCGCCCUUGAACGAGCGCAGAGGCAGUGCUUACGAAGAUUCCGCAUAUCACAAUCGAUCCGGCAGUGCUUCAAGCUUAGCUGGCAGCAGACCAACAAGCCGACCAGGGAGCAUUCAUGGCGCCCUCCCCGGUUUUCACUCUACAUCGACUCCUUUGGAAAACUUGGACGAAUACGAACCGUUGUUCCCAGAAGAAGAGAAGAAGGCUGCCAGCACUUCGAAACCCUUGACCGCAGCUGAUCGAUUGAAGAGACCCGAGCUGAAGAACAGAAAAUUUCCUAGUCAAGAUAUUUGGGAAGAUACUCCCAACAGUUUGCAAUACACCGCUACGGUAUCAACACCGCAAUUACCAGAAGAUACAGAGGAGUCGAAAGAAUUCAAGCCUCAAGAAGGGGAGACUCCGGAACGAGCCUUUGCCAGAAGACAAGAGGAACUUGCAGAUAUGGAGUCGGAAGACUCUGAAAGCUUUUUACACAAGGAGAAGAAGCAGCCCUGGGCUCAAAAACCACAUCUCGCAGCGGAGACUCGACCAGGGUUGAAGCAACGAUUUCCUAGCCGCGAUAUCUGGGAGGAUACACCUGACAGUCUUCAGCUUCAAACCACAGUCGCCAAGUUUCAAUCUGACGAAAAGGACAUAAUGAGCCCACCAGACGACCAACCUACGGCGGACACCGCGACUACAACGAAGCCCCAGAUACCAGUCCGCCCAGCAAAACUAAAGUUAUCAGAAUCUCCUGAGAAGGGACAACCUGUCAUCCCAGAACGACCCUCCCGUGUAAAGCUGGCUCCACAAGUCGACUCGACAUCUCCACCUGUUCCGGCCAAGGCGAAACCUCAAGUUCCCGCACGACCUUCAAAACCCAUCAAGCGUGAAUCGUCAGAAAAUGUUCCGUUGACCACUGUGCCGUCAAAUUCUUCAGCCAAAUCUCUUGGUUCAGAUCAAGGAGCGGCUCCAGCCACUAAGCCAAAACCGCCUGUCCCUUCAAGACCAGUUGGCAGUAAAAUUGCUGCUCUGCAAGGUGGUUUUAUGUCAGACUUGAACAAGCGCUUGCAACUAGGUCCCCAAGCUCCUAAGAAGGAAGAGGUGCCCGAAGAAAAGGAAGAAGAAAAAGAGAAGACCCCGCUAGUCGACGCUAGGAAGGGCAGGGCUAGAGGUCCAGCUCGCAGAGCACCGGCGAAGAGUCCGGCCCCAGCCAGUUCAAUUGUGACAGAAAACCCCAGCACUUUGGCGUUCUCGAUGCCCUCGACGCUCUGGCAGAUUGAUCCAGAUGAGGAUUCGCUCCUCGUAACAUUGCAUCAAGAUGAUGCGGAGUCUCCACUGAGUACCAAAGCAGCGCAGUCGGAAACCCCAACUCUUGCGACUAACACCGCGGAGCAAGCUAUGCAUGAUUCGUCUGAGAUUGCUCCAGGAGCGGAGGAAACUUUAUACCCACCUCCGGAGGAUCUCCAUGUCCAGCAAAGCCAGGAGGCGGAGAAGGCGGCUGUGGCCGCAGGAUCUCUUGGUAAUAACCACGAGCAAGAGCCAGUGAAAGCAAGCGACGAGCCUCCUGUCAUUUCACCGAGCACACUCGCAACACCCCAGGCCGAGGAGGGAGAAUUGUCAGCAUCCACGGCGACAUUAAAACCCAGCACAGAAGAUGUAGAGUAG